CACUGCGCUGAUGGAGCGUCUGUUGAAGCAGAUACACAGAGUGAACGGCAGUUUCAGGGCCAGCGGAGCUAGACGGGAGUCGUUCUCAAAAUCCGCCUUCAUCCUUUUUUAAACAGACUUUUUUCAGGGUAAAAUUAACUAGAGCAUAAAGUUCACACGUUCCUCUUUUUAAUAAGCCUAAUAUUGUGAUAUUUCCCGAUUCGGAAUGUUAGAAAACGACUGGUGAAAAUCGGGUAGCUAUACUGUGAAGGGAAUUAGCAAGCUAGCAGGCUGUACAAGGGGAUUCUGCCUGGGAGAGACGGAAGAAUAGACGGAUAACAAAGAACGGAUUUUCGUUGUUUUUUUUUUAAACACUCCGAACAUAUAUAAUUCAAAUCACUCCCGUUAAAGCUAGCUUUAUCGCUAGCUUUGUUAUUUAGCCGUUUAUCAUGGAGCUGAGAGUAGGAAACCGAUACAGACUGGGAAGGAAAAUCGGCUCUGGAUCCUUUGGUGACAUUUAUUUGGGCACGGACAUCUCAGUGGGGGAAGAAGUAGCCAUCAAGCUAGAAUGUGUGAAAACAAAGCACCCACAGCUGCACAUCGAGAGCAAGAUCUACAAGAUGAUGCAAGGAGGCGUCGGUAUCCCAACAAUCAAAUGGUGUGGAGCAGAGGGAGAUUACAAUGUGAUGGUAAUGGAGCUGCUGGGACCCAGUUUGGAAGAUCUUUUCAACUUCUGUUCUCGCAAGUUCAGCCUAAAGACUGUUCUUCUGCUGGCUGACCAGAUGAUCAGCCGUAUCGAAUACAUACACUCCAAGAACUUCAUCCACAGAGAUGUCAAGCCUGACAACUUCCUUAUGGGCCUGGGGAAGAAGGGCAACCUUGUUUACAUCAUUGACUUUGGCCUGGCCAAGAAGUACAGAGAUGCUCGCACCCACCAGCACAUCCCUUAUCGCGAGAACAAAAACUUGACUGGCACUGCUCGCUACGCUUCCAUCAACACCCACUUGGGAAUAGAGCAAUCCAGACGAGAUGACUUGGAGUCUCUUGGCUAUGUGCUCAUGUACUUCAACCUGGGCUCUCUGCCAUGGCAGGGUCUGAAGGCUGCCACAAAGAGACAGAAGUAUGAGCGAAUCAGCGAGAAGAAAAUGUCAACUCCUAUUGAAGUCCUGUGUAAAGGAUACCCAUCUGAGUUUGCCACAUACCUCAACUUUUGCCGUUCCCUUCGUUUUGAUGACAAGCCCGACUAUUCUUACCUGAGACAGCUCUUCAGGAACCUUUUCCACAGACAAGGCUUUUCAUAUGACUACGUGUUUGACUGGAAUAUGCUUAAAUUUGGUGCAAACAGAGCGGCAGAAGAUCCGGAGAGAGAGCGGAGGGAUCGAGAGGAAAGACUGCGACAUGCGCGGAAUCCUGCGGCCCGUGGCAUGAUGCCUUCCAGCUCAGGUAGACCCAGAGGAACACAAGAAGUAGCACCUCCCACACCCCUCACGCCAACCUCACACACAGGAAUGGAGCGAGAGAGGAAGGUCAGUAUGAGAUUGCACCGCGGAGCCCCUGUCAACAUUUCCUCCUCUGAUCUAACUGGCCGACAGGACACCUCACGCAUGUCCACAUCACAGGCUCUUUCUCGCGUCACCCCAAGUGGCCUGCAGUCUGCCGUACCUCGAUGAGACCCUCCACACGCCUCAAGAGCAGACCAACCAUGGCCCUGAUCUGCACUAGGACUUCUCCAGCAGCCUCUAACCAUGUGAAAUCAACCUCAGCAAAUCAAAUCGAAACAAGACUUCAUUUCCACCUUCCUCUCAAUGCAUUUAAACACACUUGAGAGUCACGCAAAUUCGAGAGAUGGACAUAUUUUGGUUUUCUUUUCUUCCUUUCACACACACUGCGCACACACACACACACACACACACAUUUCCUACCUACACUACUCCAAGACACCUGGGCACAUCAGUUGUGCUUGUUAACAUCACUUUUUGCCAGACAAUCGCUGGCGGGAUGGGAGGGACGGGGGGGGUAUGAAUCUCAACCAUCACUGCUUUUAGCCCUCUGACACACACCAGAAAGAGAGGGCCGUCCUCCUGCUGUCCAGGGGCCUCUUCGCAAACCAGAGCGUCUUGGCUAAAGCCAUGUACAAUGGCUCUGAUUGUGUGAAUCACCCUCUCCUGUUGCAAAAAAAUUACUUUUACACAGCUUGGAAUGCAGCUGUACUGAUAGCCAUUGACAUUUUGCUUACCUUAAUCUUUUAUUUUUGUCUUUUUGUUUAUGUACAACAGAGAUUAAAUUGAUUUCACACUGGCUACAGUUUUUUGCAGGUGAAUCUAUUUUCUCUUUUUGAUAGUUUAACAGCAUUAAGCUUAAGGAAAUGUGCAGAAUUAAAUUGAACGUUUGAAAGCCUGUUCGUUCAUGUGGCAGGAUGAAGCCAGUGUCCUUUUUAUGUCAUUUUGUAGUUUAUGUGGAAGGCCAGGUGGAGAAACAUACAGCAAAGGUUUGAGUAGUAAAACCCACAAUACCACCUUCACACCUUUUUAGAUUAUUUUUAGUUUCGUUGCACCCAUCAUCCUGGCCCUCUUUAUCAACUCAUGUUUUUUUUUUUGCUCAUUGAUUUUAUUGCAUUCCCUUAUGCUUUUCUUUUGUUUCUCGAAAGCUGUGAAAUGCCUGCAUUGUAGAGUUGUUGAUGUUCUUAAUGUUGCUCUUUGUUUCUUUUUACCCCCUGAACUAAGCGUAGUGCUUUUACAGUAAUGCAGGCACACAUGGUUGGGUCAAGACUGUUGGACAAUGUCACUGAAAGACAUUUAUAGCAGUCUAAGAAGUCUAAUAAUGAGAAAAGGGCUUCGUUUUUCUGAACCUGAGGGUAUAAACAUGAAAAAUUUGGGGCAUAUGUUGAGACAAAUGGGCACAUUUUCUUUUAACAUUUGAGUUUGGAUUUGGAAAUGGAUGUCUUGAGCCCAGCUUGUCUCAUUGAGAAUACACCAGCCAUCAUUUAAGCCAUGCCUGAUUUGUUUUUUCUUUUUCUUUUUCUUUUCUUUUGACUGACACUUUUAACAAUUGAGAUGCAAGUUUUUGUUUUUCUUCAACUUUAUUUACUGAGUAUUACCAAUGCUUUUAGUACUACUUUUCCCUUGUUUCAGAAGUGUGGUUCCUUGACUUACUGGUGCUAUAAGUCACAGGACGUGGAAGGCGGGCUGCCUGUCCGUAUCAUUCAGCAUAGUAGAGCGUAGGCUUUUUCUGUAGUCAAGGGGUGGGGGGUGGGGCGGGGGUAGUGGUGAAACUCUUAAAUUCUGUUGUCAUGUAUAUAGGAUGUUUCUAGUGAUGGCAAAGUACCAUUUUUCAUAGCCACUGUCUGUGUGUGUAUUGUGAGUAUGGGGAAAAGGCUAGUGCUUAGAGAGGUGCGAGGGACUCUGUUCCGUUCUAGAUUUGAUAAGUUAGUAAUUCUUUCUCUCCACUGGUGGUCUCACAGAAACAGCCGCUCCAGUACUGGUGUUGUUUAAAUGUAGGCACAAGUACACUUUGUCGGGGAUCGAGCUAUUAUGGAUUUCUCAGUUUUUAUUUUCUGGUUCAUUCUACACACGACUGCUUGGCCAGUCCUUCUGCAUCACACUGUGCUGUAUCAGGUGGAAUUAUGAAAAUCUUCUUUCCCUGGAAGGUUUUUUUCCCUCAUUUGUAUUGCCACUGUAUUUGUGUAUUUUAAAACGUGUAAAUAAAUUAAUAAGUACUUGUAA